AUGCAUCCGUUGAUGACUACCUCAGCAUCAGGAAGACCCGCACCGCACCCGGUGAGAGUUGCGCCAGCUCCUGUCAGCGGGCGUCAGGCGCCACCGGCCGCAGCGCCUUCCCAGAGUGGUUCCAGCACACCGGGAACGACGGCGUCCACCUCCGGCCGAGCGGGUUCCACGGGCCGUGUUCAGGCCAAGAAUUCCUUGGAGACUCGACAGUGGCAUCGACCGGUAGUCUUCCCUUCAGGAGGCAAGGCUUUGGUUUCGCCCGGGUCUUCUCCAAGCUUGCAGCGCCAAGAAUUGAAUGCUCCGUCCUCUUGGCAGAGUCCGUCAGGCUGCAGCUCUCAUCAGCAAGGACGUGAGGACUUGAUGCAACCGGUCCGACGUGCUAGAUCUGCAGGAAGAUCUGCAGGCCCUGCUGCGGCGGAUGCGAACAAGGUUUCAGCGACAACGCGACGAGAUUCUCCUGUGCGGCAUUCAUCCCCGCAAGACAGAGCAGGAGGCGCGAAGCCACGACGAGCGUCUCCGCAGCGAAAGAAAGGAGCUGCAAGAGAGGCAAGCCGAUCACCAGAACCACCUCGCGCCAGGCCUCCAAUGGCCUUGCCCGUGCAGGUGCAGGUUGCGCCGCCCGAAAAGGCAGGCAGCACAGGCUCACCGCCUCCACCUGGAGCCACGGAGUCCCAGUCGGCUCCCUCCUUUGUCAAGUCUUUGGCACGACUGGCCCUAGUGUUGGAGUCCAACGGCCACUCUGGAACGGGGGCAGCUGCAGCCGCGGCUGCAGUGGCUGCUGCUGUUACUAAACAGAAUGAUUGCGAGUGGAUGAGUGACUUUGAGGAAUACCUGCAGGAGGGUCUGGAACGGCGACCUCUUCAACAAGAGGCGGCCACGGCUGGCCAGGAGGCAGACGCACUGCGAGCCAGGUGUACCCGUUUGGAGCAUGAGGUGGUCGAGUUGCGUGCGCAGUUGGCACGGCGAUUAGAUGCCACCGUGCUGGAAGUCGUCGCGGCUCGACAAGCGGCUGAGACGGCCAACGCACAGGCAGCAGCCCUCAGGGCCGAGCUGGCUGCUCUGACCGGACGCAUCGAGGCGCAACGACCCAAUGGAUGCUCCCCGCUGGAUGUGGCCUUUAGCUGA